GCUGUCCUUGUGGUACCACACCGCUAUCGAUCGGUCAAUCGAUCUCCCAGUCGAUCGAGGUUCAAGUCCUUUUAUGGUCGUCCUUGCUGACAUGAUUCCCAUCUCCACACGCGUAUUAUAAUCAUUAUAUGAUCGAUGUGUGUAUGUCGUUACUUCUAAACAACACCAUGCUGCCCCUUGGUCUGGCAUGCAGUACCGGCUCGUGAUCAACAAAGAAGUCCUCGACGAUAGUGUUCAUCGCACAUCCACCAACCUGUCUAGUAGUCUUCCCUACAUCAAUGGUGACAUGAUGUCUCCUUCAAAUACACGAGGCUCAACAACAUGCCCCAAUCAUGGGCUCGCGGUGCCUCAUUCUAUUACAAUAUCAAGCCCCAACCAUGGUGGUCAGCCCGCCACCUUAUCUGGCCCACGGAUGUCAGACGCUCCAUCAAGCAGCAUUAGUUAUACCUGCUACAAUGGCACACAGGAACUUGAACAAUGCUUAACGCAAUCUGUUUCCGGAUUUAACCCUCUUUCGAGUUGUGCCUCCUUGCACAACCCACCAACGCUUCACAGCCACAGCUCUCACUAUGAUCUCGUGUUAGGAGGUACCUGUACUCCUGCAAUGAGGCAUAACUACUGGCUUUCACAGGCAUUCCAAAUGUAUUAUCCAGAUGUCUACCCUGAAGUUCCUACCUCUGAUUUUCGGCUGUAUAACGAGCCGUCGCAUCAGUGGCAGAAUUCUGCCAUGCAUCAGCCAGGUCUUCCAAAUGAGCUCCUCCCACCGAUGAAACCUCCGCCUUUGGCUGCGGAAGCUUUGCAAUUGAGAUUUUCAUCACAGGCCCGUGCAAGUCACGGUGGAAUUAUAUGUUACCCCUCAGAUCACCCGCCCAUCGCCAACCAGCCAUAUUUGACCCCACUUCUCCUCCUACAUUCCUGCCGAUGGCUAUAUGAUGACGCACCCUGCAAGUUCACAGGGACACUGGACGAGUUAAAGGCGCAUUGUAAACGCAGUCAUUUUGCUGGCCCCCCCGAUGCGCAGAUUGAAUGCCGUUGGGAAGCUUGUACUUACCAUAGGCGUGAUGACCCCACGGUGCAUGUCAUGCGGCGCUGACUGCAUGUGGCGCCACACUUACGAAGUUCAUUUAGGGAUGAAGAGGGGUACCUAGGCGUGUCCA